AUGAAGAUUACAGUAACUGACACACCAGGGAUUUUUGACCCAGACAGGUCUGAGAAAGAUCUGAAGUAUUCCAUAGCAUUCUGUCUCACUGAAUGUGCUCCUGGUCCACACACCUUCAUCUUAGUGCUGAAAGUGGGAAGACACACUGAAGAAGAGAAAGUGUCAGUGAAGAUGAUACUGCAGUACUUUGGGGAGGAAGCCCUGAAACACACAGUUGUCCUCUUCACACAUGGUGAUGAGCUUGACAAAAACCAGACCAUUAAUGAGUUUGUAGAGAAGAACAAGGAUCUGAAGGAACUUGUUGAUAAGUGUGAAGGAAGACCUACAAGCUGUGAUGGAAACCUGGAUGAAUCAGAGUACAGGAGCAACAGGUUUCAGAUUAAACAGCUGCUGACAACUAUAGACAACAUGGUGAAAGGGAAUGAAGGUCGUUGUUACACAAAUGAAUCACUUGAGCUCAUUGCAGAAGCUAUACGGGAUGAGAGUAGUGAUGUGUUAGUCGUGAGUGAAUCAGCUCUAUGA